AGAGCGCGUUUGGUGCACGGGCCUCCGACGGAUGAUAAGAAGCCGCCCGCCGAGUCAGCCUUCAAGAGCGUGUUUGGUGCACCGGCCGUCCAAAGGAUGACUAAGAAGCCGCCCGCCGAGUCAGCCUUCAAGAGCGCGUUUGGUGCACCGGCCUCGACGGAUGAUAAGAAGCCGCCCGCCGAGUCAGCCUUCAAGAGCGCGUUUGGUGCACCGGCCUCGGCAGAUGUAGGAAAGGAGGAUGGAUAUUCUCGUAGUAGCAGGUGUGGCUUGGCCUCACAGGUUAUUUCUGGUGUUGAGUUUGCUGCUUCUUCUAGUCCUCAAAUUGAGGCUACUGUGCGUGCUGAAGUUCCUUUCGUUUUAUCAUCGUUUGUGGUUCCUGCUAUUCCGUCAGAUGAUGAAGCAGAAGUUGUUAAUAGUGUGGUCUCUGAGGGUUCGAAGGAGGAGGUGGUGUCUGUUUUUAAGUGUCCUAUUAUUCCUACAAGUGGUGUGGAGGUGCAAGGCCUGAUGAAACGGUUUAUGGAUAACGUUGAAGAGUCGAAUGAUCUUCUUGUAAGUAAAGACAUGUCUUUAGAUGGGGUCAAUGUGUCUGCGAUGGCGCGCAAAUUUGAGGAAAUGUUGGCUGUGUUCCGAACAGAACUUCUUGAAGAGAUAAGGUGUGAGUUGCAGAACUUAAGUCUUGUGCCGCAGCAGACUUCGGAGGAUGGUCCGGUUGCAUUUCCUACAUCGCCCCCGGUAGAGAUACCCCCUGUGUGUCACAAAGGAAGUACGGCUGUUGGAUUCUCGCAGGCUUUGCGAGCUCAUCUCUCGAACGCGUUUCGUAAGCAUUACUAA